UGCGCCCAGGGAGCGGACAAGGGCACUACUGCUGUAGUUCGGUAGGCGCUGCUGUGUCUGCACAGCCGAGGAGCUUCGCUAGGAGGUCUCCUUGCCAAAUUUCCUCUCGCUCCAUGCCUUUCCUUGAUGUGCAGAAAAAGCUGGGCAUUAGCCUAGACCGUCACCUUACACACCAAAGUGUUGAGCAGCCCUUCAAGAUUCCCUCUCGAUGCCAUGCUUUUUCAAAGGAGUGGAUAGAGUGUGCACAUGGAAUUGGCGCUACUCGGGCUGAAAAAGAGUGCAAGAUUGAAUUUGAAGAUUUUGAAGAGUGUUUGCUGCGGUACAAAACGAUAAAGCGAAUUAAUCAGAUCAAGCGACAGCGAGAUAAGCUAGUCAAGGAGGGGAAAUACACCCCUCCCCCUCACCAUGCGGGCAAGGAGGAGCCCCGGCCCUGAGCAGAGCACCUGGAAGCUGCUUCUCAUGCUCUGUCUCCACUGGAAAGAGUAUUUAAUGAAAGCGUCUGCCUCAAGUAUGUAAAAAUAAAGAAUUACUCAAUCUUA